AUGUAUGACAACAUCUCUGAUUUCACAAGAUAUGAUGACGACCAUGACCCCGAACACGGUGAAGAAGAAGUUUUACAAACAUCCAUUAAGACAGGAAAGGUUUUAACACAAAGUCUCAUUAUUGACACCAAAGAUGGCGAAGUGGACGUUCUUCAAGAGCUGAAGAAAAAUACUUCUGAAGGAGGUGGUGGUAGGCAUGAACUUGAAAUAAAUGAGAUAGAAGAGAAAUUAGCCGAAAAAGCAGAUAAAAACCAUGUUCAUUAUAUAAGUUCAGACGAACAGAUUAUAACGGACUACCAUGGAUAUUUAACACAGGAUGAAGAAGUGAAGACGAAAGAUGUUAAUGAAAGAAGAUAUAAAUUCAUUCGUGCUAAAGGUUAUGACAUACACUGUACUGUACAGUAUGACACAGGUAAAGCACCAGAAACAUUUGGUUAUAACAAUGAAAUUUAUGCUUCAUACUUCUUUGUUAACGGUGUAUUAGUUGAACCAAGAUUUACAUUGAGAGUUAAGGCAAAAAUAACUUUUGAAGAUGCUAUUAAAAGUAAAGCAGAGAAAGAAGAACUCGACGCAACGAACAAAGUUUUGAAAUCUCAUAAACACAAUAUCUCCGAUAUAAAUGAACUUCAGGCUACGUUAGAUAAAAAAGCAGAUAAAGAACAUACACAUAAGUCCUUCACUACUGUUAGAGCAGACGACAUAAUAUUGAACUAUACCCUUGGUUCAAGUGCACCUUUAGAGAAUCCAAGUACAAGCGUAAAAGAUACACUAAACUCCUUAAAUAACAAAUGUAUGAAUAUCGAAGGUCAUGUCAGAAACUUUGAAACACAUGAACUACCAGCAAUGUUAGAUAAGAAAGCAGACAAAACAGAGCUUCAAACAUUAAAGACUGAAAUACUUCAAACAUUAUAUCCUAUAGGCUCUAUUUAUACGUCAAUGAACUCAACAAAUCCAGCAAGUGUUUUAGGUUUUGGUACAUGGCAGCAGAUUGUAGACAAAUUCUUAUACUGUGCUAACUCUUCAAAGCAAACAGGAGGUUCGAAGAAAAUUAUUGAAGCAAACCUUCCACCGCACACUCAUACAGGAACUACAAACACAACAGGUAGUCAUUCACAUUCAAUAACAAAAAGAGGUUAUACAAAUCUUGCAGCAGGUUCGGAUAGACAGGGAAUGCAUAGAUAUGAUAUUUCAAGUGACCCAGUAGAUUCAAGCGCAGGUAUUUUCUGUUGA